CGCAGAUCUUGGACAAAAUUGUGUCUGAAGAAUCAGUCGAACUCGGCGAGAGAAUCGGUGGUUGGCCAAGCCAGUGUCUGAUAUUCUUGCCAAGUGUCUCUCUCUCUCUCUCUGUCUCUCUUUCUCUCUCUCUCUUUCUCUGUCUCUCUUUCUCUCUCUCUCUUUCUCUGUCUGUCUACGGUCAUCGGAUGGCUGCACCCGGAUCUUGGUCCGGCUUCUCGCUAUCACCAACGCUUAAACCCCCCGGUCCCCCGGCUUCCGGAAGCCGGCACCCAGGCCUCCAUUGAUUGUGAAAGCAGGAGGCACGACGAUAGCCAACCUCACCGUGACACCAAUGAUGGCUUGACCUUUACCUGGCCAACAUGGCCCUUGUUCCCACAGAUUACCGCCUUUGUGGGAACUCCACUCACGAUGUGGCAGUCCGUCCAUCGGGACCUGGUCUUGGCUAUCCACACGAGGACUGGAGGACCUCUUCCCCCCCUCUUCCGACUGCUACAUAACCUGCAUUGUCCCGCUGCCGUGACAGUUUCUUCUCUCCUCUCCCGCUUGCCAAGGACCAUCUCCCGCCCUUCGCAGCCCCUCUUCCUUUCGUCCCUCUCGUCCCUCCCGUGUCCCUCGCCGCAGCACAAGGGUAGCAUCCCCCCGCCAUGGCCCGCCUCGCCUCCCUCACAUUCCUGGCAUCCGCCCUGCCCGGAGCCCUCGCCUGGGGCUCCAUGGGUCACGCGACCAUCGCCUACAUCGCCACCAACUUCGUCGCCCCCGAGACCAAGACCUACAUGCAGCAGCUCCUCGGCGACACGACGGACGACUACCUCGCCAACGUCGCCAGCUGGGCCGACUCAUACCGCUACACGACCGAGGGCGCCUUCACCUCGACCUUCCACUACAUUGACGCCCUCGACGACCCGCCGCACUCGUGCGGCAUCGACCUCGAGCGCGACUGCGGGCCCACGGGCUGCAUCGUCUCGGCCCACGCCAACUACACCCAGCGCCUGCUGCUCGGGCCGGCGCUCGACCUCGAGCAGCGCCAGAUCGCCGCCAAGAUGGUCAUCCACUUCACCGGCGACAUCGGCCAGCCGCUGCACUGCGAGAACCUCGAGGCCGGCGGCAACGGCAUCGCCGUCGAGUUCAACGGCACCGACACCAACCUGCACGCCGCCUGGGACACCAACAUCCCGCAGUCCAUCACCGGCACCGGCAGCGUCCUCGCCGUCGCCAAGGCGUGGGCGUCGACGCUCAGCACGGCCAUCGCCUCGGGCGAGUUCCGCGCCGCCGCCCGCUGCUGGGUCCAGGGCCUCAGCCUCGAGGACCCGGAGGCCACGGCGCUGUCGUGGGCCGCCGAGAGCAACAAGUUCGUGUGCACCGUCGUGCUACCCGAGGGCCGCGAGGCGGUCGAGGGCCUCGACAUCAGCGGCGCCUACACGACCAACGCGCAGCCGACGGUGAGCAUGCAGGUCGCCAAGCAGGGCUACAGGCUGGCCAAGUGGCUGGAUGCCAUCGUUGCCGAGGUGGCAUAGCCUU